ACAGUACACCGUGUACAGUAGUAGGAAAAACUAAUCUGAAAUAAAAAAAAUGUAAAAUUUGCCAUGAAGAUUAUGCGGAAAUUAGUACCUAAGAAUUUUGCUUAAUUAUAACAAAAAUUGUUUAGCAACAUUCAAAGGGAAAUCAGUUAGAUGAAAGGAAUGAAAAUAUCAUCUUAUCUUUUUCUUAUGAAUAAUGUUUAUUGAUUCAUACUUUUUCAAUAAUAUUACAUAAAUAACUUGAAAUAAAUUAUAUUAUAGGAACAUUUCAAAAGCAAUUUCCCUUCAAAAACAUUUCCUUUUAAAAAGUAGGUACUUUGGUUGAAGAAAGGAUAGAAAUGCAUCGUGACGUCAAUGCAUUUAUUCCCGUCCCUCUCAGCCCCGCGGCCUCGAUCAAUAUUCAAAAAAGUUAUUCAGAACACCUCUAAAAUUACGAUCGGUGAACAGCUCUGCCGUUGUAUAACUAAAAUGCCGUUAUCCAACAUAUGGUAAAUUUUCAACUUUUGAUGCUACGUCAAUGAAAAAACAAAAAUCUAUCGAUCUGUGUUUGCGAAUUUUCAAUAUCUUGAAUAGUUUUGGAAAUUCGCAUUUCUGAAUAUUAUUCGUUAUUAACUCUUUUCUUAUUUUCAUUGUAAAUAAUAAACCUAAAUAAUUCUUUCGUACUUAUCCACUUUCGUUUAAAGCGCAAUAAACGGACAAAAUGCGCAUGUGCUUCACUCUGCUCGUUUAGCAUACGAUAUAUUAUAAGGAUAAAUUUUCGUGAUAGCGACUAUUCCCGCCCAGGAAUAAAUAAGUUAUUGAUUAGGUGCCAUUUAUUAUUCAAUAUUUUAAGUGCACACAGCAGUUUCGACUGACCGGCGCGGCGUAACGUUCGAAAUCUCUUACAAAAAGUAUUGAACAGUUCACGAACGAAAUAUUGACUGACAUUUGUGUACAACAUUGACGUUUUUUAGGCAGUAUACAAAAAAAGUAAAAAAUCCUGAUCGUUCCACUAAUUAUUUAAUAACGUUUGGAUUUUACAAUAAAUAUUAUAACAUACGAGCAAGGUCCUAUUUUAGAUAUCGAUUUGAAGUCAGUGGUCUCCAGAUUUCAGUGUGCUUAUACUUUUGUGAUAAUUAUUGGUGUGCUCCAAAGGAUAGUUUUGCUACAAUAAUUCAUCGAUUUAAAUUAUUGAUUAUUCAAGAAUCGUGACUAACAAAUUACUCAGUACCUAAUAUAAAAGCUGCAAUGGAAGCCGCAGCUCGAGAAUAUAUUGCGUUGGCGAGGCAAAUGCAUACCGUCGCCUGCUACGAUAAAGCCUUAGAUUAUUAUUUAUCGGCUUUCGAAUCAUUUCCGGCCCUUCGAAAAAGUGAUCAUGUCCUCGAAUUUCGGUCAAUGAUGAACAAAUUUAGCUUAGUACUGAUGUCUCUAAACAAAAUUGAAGAAAUAUUCUGUAACUACAGCCGGGUUCUCAAAGUAUUCCCCGACAGUGUGCAUUUUGUUGAUGAUACUGGAAGGUAUCUGUUCAAGUUCGGUUUUUUCAAGGAAGCCUGGGCCCACUUUAUGAAUGCUUGUAAAUUGGACCCCUUUUAUGCUACAUCUGAGAACAAUUUUAACUUACUCAAAAACAUGCUUGUUGAAAGGUGGCAUUUCAGGAUGCUUAAUGACAAAGUUCGCAAUGAAGGAUACCGCGCCGCUAUUCAUGAAACUAUAGUUCCUGUUAAAGAUACAGUCCUGGACCUUGGCACAGGCACUGGAUUAUUAGCAUUAUAUGCUAAUGAAUGUUCACCUGUGGCAAUAACAGCAUGUGAUGGUUCAGAAGUCAUGGCUUCUGUUGCUAAUUAUGUUACUCAGGAAAAUGGUGCUAAGCAGGUGGAGGUUAUACAAAAAAUGUCAACAAAUAUGAGUUAUAGAGAUAUUGGAGGAAAGCGGUCACUACUGAUCACAGAGAUGUUUGACGCUGGCCUAUUUGGAGAACACAUCCUCCAAACUCUUAGCCAUGCAUGGGAGCAUUUGAUAAACAAUGUUGGUAGAGUGAUCCCCAACAAGGCUGAGUUCUUUGUUAUUGGUGCUCAGUGUGAUUUUUUGAACAAAAGGUAUCAGCUGUGUUCAUCAAUCAAGUCCAAUUUAAAUAUCCCAACAUUAUUUGUCCAUGGCUGUACUCAAAAUGAAACAUAUGAUUGUGAAGAUGUACACCUUUAUGGAGAAGAUAUAAAGUAUAUCACUCAAGCUGAGUCAGUUGUGAAAAUAAACUUUAACAAUCACUUAGAAAUACAAGACACUUUGAACAGGACAGACCCCUAUGAAGUUCACUUGACGGCAACACAAACUGGGGAGCUAAACUCUGUGAUAGGCUAUUUCAAUCUCUAUUUGACUGACACAGUUACUUUAACUUCAGAUCCAAGAUCUGACAAAAGAGCUAAUGCAUGGCAACAAGCUAUCUUUUUUGAUAAUUUACCUAAGCAAAUUAAAGAAGGUGAUGCAAUUAAAUUAGAAUUUUUAUUGAACAGUGGCAAGUUAACACUGUUACCAGAGUACAUGCAUCCCAUCACGCGUAUCUCUCCAAAUACUCUUAGAUUCCUCAAUGAUACAGAGUAUAUUAAGAUGAUUUCAGGUAGCAUCAGCAUGGCCAGUGUGUACCUGGGACAGGUAGCCGAUAUGACAUCUGUUACUGUGGUUGAUUUGUGUCCAUUCCCCAUGCUUGGAUUACAACUCUUGAAAAGAGGUGCUAAAUCAUUAAUAUGCAGUGCUCUAACCAAUAGUGACAAACAAUUCUUCUUGACUGUAUUUCAUGCCAAUAAUAUUCCUAUGUCAAAGGUGACUGUGCUGGUUGGGCAGUAUUGGCCUGUAGAGAUGUUAAAAGAUAAAUAUCAUGUUGUGUUCUGUAAUAUCUUGGAACCAAGUGGGGAAGUAGACUUGCAAGCCCAAGAGGUAGCUCUUCACUUACGAAGGAACCAUGUUUUGCCAGGAGGACUGUUCUUGCCCUCUAAUUUGAAAAUUAUGGGUCAAAUAGUAGACAGUCAUUGGUUGGAUAUCAAUAACAGAUUAUAUGAUGAGAAUGUCAACAAUUAUAAGAUAGCCAAAUAUUUGAAUCAAUAUCAAAUGUCUCAGCACUUCUGUAUUGACUUUAGUCAUUUGCCAUAUGUUCCAUUGUCAGAACCCAGUGUAAUGUGGACUUGGGACUCUGAAGCUGGUUUGGAAAUACUUCAAGUGCCGAUAACGAAAGAAGGCGUCGGAAAUGCUAUUCUCUGUUGGUAUUCGAUUGAGUUGAUGGAAAAUAUGAAUGAAAUAUCCACAAACAGGAAGAACUGCUUUAUGGACGGUAUGUUAUUUAUAACCGAUUCAGAGACUAGAUUGAAGCAGGGUGAUAUAGCGUGUGUAAUACGAUGUGUGGAUUAUACUGGAGCGUUCAAAUUAAUGAUGCAGCUUGAAGAAACUUAAGGAGGAUUUUUAUUUCCUUAUUUAAUGAUCAUAUUAUAUCGUAAUUUAGAUUUGGAGAGACUUUCUUCGGUCGGUCGAUACGGUCUAUUUUACGAAUGAUUUAAAAUUAUCGUCGGUUGAUGACACCGAACAUUUGGAGGAUAUUGAUGCUUUUGUGUCAGUAUCGGUUUUAUCACCAAGUAAUUCUACAUUUUGUACUAUGAAUUCGGUGUCCAGGGAGCCGUACAGGGUGAUUAGACUUGUUUAAAUUUCGUAUAUAUUUAUAUAUUAUAAAUAUCUAGUCGCGAGACUUUAUUAUAUUUUAAUUACAUUUUAUGUAACACAUCCUGUGUGUAAAAAAAUUAAAUCUAUCUGAUGAAUGUUAAAUUGUGAAUGUUAGACUGUAAGCCAAAAGUACUAAGGUAUGUGAUCUAUGAUUAAAAUGUGCCACUUUUUGUACUAUUUACAAUUAAGGUAUUGCGGCUCAAAGAUAUUGUGACGGUAUUUUAUACGAACCUAGGAAUGAAUCAUAAAUAUAUCGUAGGAUCUGAUUAAAUUUCUCACUGUUACUAGUUUGUUAAGCAAAUAGUAGGUAAUCUCAAGUUUUGGAGGUUUUGUUGAUCAUUGAAGCUGGUAAAUUAAAUGUUAUUUGAUAUUUCUAUUUGUGCGGAAUCUCCAGGAAUAUAAUUAUGACCAAAUAAGAAAUUAAUGAGAUUCUAAAUUGCAACGCUUAAUUUUAAUAAUACUGGUAAAAUUGUAUAAUAUUGGUAACGAAAUUACUGGGAAAACAUUAAUCACACGAGCGCAAAGAUGGAAGUCAAUACUCUAACGAAUCUAUUGGAUGGAUAUUUAGUUUACUCCUAAAAAAACCACUUCAGUAUUAUAAAAUUAUUUUGUAAAUAUAUUAAUUAAGAAUUGAUAACAGUCUAGUAAAACCUAAACUGCAGAUUUCAUAUUUAAGUAGGUAACGCAAAUGCACUCAGUAGUUUGCUACCAUGAACACAUGUCCACUAAACUAUUGAUGUUCACAAUGUACCCACUUAAUAGGUAUUUACUUGUAACUACAUAGUUGAUGUAAUUAUAUGUAGUUCUUUGUUGUGUAACAAAUGUUUAUAUAGAAGGGGCUCGAUAAGUGGUUAUCGCCUUAAGCAUUCGUUUUCUCUACAAUACUCGUAUGAAAAUUGUAUUCUUACUGAUAUAAAAACGAAUCAUAAAUAAAUGUUACAAUAGUCCAUUGAUGUCAUAAUUUAAUUGAUGUAGCUACUUUUUGUUGUAUGUCUAAAUAUAGAAUCUCGAUUUUAAUGAAAUGGGUACUAUAGAUUAGUCUGUUCACUCGGUUGUUUUUGUUUACGACAAAAAACAACAGAGUGAGCAGAUUGUCUUCAAAUAAAAUGACGUAGAUAUAUGAUAAUGUUAGUUUCAUUUCAUAUUAAUGAGCGCACAUUCUUUUUUACGAUUGCAGAUUGAGUAUCCUAAAAUCACUUAUAUAUCCUUUUAACAGAAACCGCAAUACUAUUUAGGUACCGUAAAACGGGGUGAAUGGCGUGUCAAAGGGCGAAUAGAAAAUAGUGUUAUUAUAGGGGGUCGCAUGCGUUUGAUUACAUUAAAAUGAUAAAAUUCAAUUAUGAAACGCUUGAGAAUUUUCAUUGAAUCUUGAUAUUUUGUCUUGUAAAAAUUUUAAUAAAAACUGUUUCUAUCCAACGCAAAAAUUAGGUAUUUUUAGGUUAUUCAUCCCGUUUUACUUAUAAGCAUAGGUCAAGUGGGAGUCUGGCUCGCGACAUGGGCACUCCAUAAAUAGUUUCGGAUCGGCUUUCGAAGACCACUCAUUAGGAACCGCUGCUCUUAAGUUAUUUUACAUCACGGCAGUCGGCACUCAUGGAUCGCACAUCUAAGUAAGUUUUGGAUGCCUAACGUAUAAGCAACUGUAUAAUAAAUCAUUGGACUUGA